GAAAUUGGGGUGGGCCCUGCUGGCGGGGGCGGUGAGGUACAUCCCUCAAGGCAGCCGGGCUUGUCCUCUCUCCAGUCCCACCUCUGCUUGGUGACUGCUUUGGGGGCGCAGGACUGUGUCCUGAGGAGGGAUAACUCUUUUGGAAAGGAGGUCUGCACCUCUAACCCCGCAGAAAUUGGUGUUCACACACCGUGGGGCUAGAGGAGAGGGACCCGAGGGCACAGAACUGUGGGCGCAUCACACACAGAUCUUCCUAAUCCCAGAGGAGGAAAGACAGAAGGGCCUCUCCCCUUCAGGGCCAUCGGCUUCAGGACAGCAAUGACCGGCAGGGCCAGAGUUCACGCCCGAGGCAGAAGGCGGGAUACACCACCCUCAGAGCCUGCUCAGCCCGAGGCGGCGAGGGGACACCCAAUGCCUCCAGUGCCCAGGACAGACCCACCGCUGAGCUUCGCUGACUUAGUGAGACGCGGCACAGUGGCUCAGCAACCUCGUCAAAUCCAGCCUAGACUCCAGUCAUUGACAGGUGUUAGACACGUGGCUGAGGCUGGACCACCAGCAGGAGCAGAAGCGAUGUCUCAGCCUUCAGAACUUCAACCGGCAUCUGAAUCACAGGGAUCCUUGCUGAGGAAGAAGAGGGAUGUUGGUAGAGAUUAUCGAGACUUUGUGGUAAAUACUCGGCAGAAUUUGGUCCACGUUAGAGAGUCGACAAAGGGCAUGCAAGGUAGCCCGGUAAUGCUAUUUUCGAAUCAUGUCCGGCUCAAGUCUUGCUCUCAGAGGCAUUUAUACAAGUACAACGUCAUCUACACGCCAGACAUAGAGGAUGGAAGCAAACGGGAAGCUCUACUCUCUGAACAUGAAAAGUUACUGGGAAACCGUUGUAUAUACGAUGGAAACUCCUUGCUGUUACCUCACUCGCUAGGGGAAACGAAAAAGGAAGUGGUCAGCAAGUUGAAAAAUGAACCUGUGAAGAUAACCUUCGAGCUCUCCAGAAAACUCCAGACUACGUCUCCGGACUGCCUCCGCUAUUACAACAUUCUCUUUAGAAAAAUGUUGGAGAAAAUGGAUUUGAACCAAAUUGGUCGCAACUAUUACAAUAAAAAUAAGAAGACUGAGUUCAACGAGUAUAGGUUGGAAAUAUGGCCUGGGUACGUUACUUCUAUUCUUCCAUAUGAGAUUGGUCUUACUCUCUGUGCUGAUGUGAGCCAUAAACUGCUCCGAAUGGAAACUGCUUAUGACUUAAUAUCACACACUCGUGAAAAAGCCAGAGGAGAAGAUGCCAAAGAGAAAAUUCUUAGAAAAUUAGUUGGGUCAUCUGUUCUUACAAAGUAUAACAACAGAACCUACAGAGUGGAUGAUAUUAUUUGGGAGAUGUCUCCCAGCUCUACAUUUACCAAAUCAGAUGGCAGUGAAAUCUCCUUUGUGGACUACUACAAGGAGCGAUAUGGUACAGUGGUCACUACCUUAAAUCAACCACUUUUGAUCACCAAAGGCAAAUGGAAAAAGAGCCGACAGGACACACCUCAUCAGCCUAUCAUGCUGGUUCCUGAGCUGUGCCACCUGACAGGCUUAACGGAUGACAUGCGUAAAGACUACAGAAUGAUGAGAGAUUUGUCCACCCACACGAGGAUGGAUCCUGAUAGAAGGCAGCAUAAACUGCUCACAUUUAUGGAUGCUUUAAGAAAAAAUAAUACUGUGCAGAAGGAGCUUCGAGAUUGGAAUUUGGAACUCGAGGAGGGGUUUUUGUCCUUUUCUGGAAGAACUCUGCAAGAUGUAAGAAUUCACCAAGGAAGAAGGAUGUUUGACAACCAUAAAUCAGACUGGUCAAAAAACACAAGGGAGGCACCAUUACUUAGAGCAAUGUCACUGGAUCAUUGGCUAAUAGUCUAUACUAAGGGAAAUUAUGGAACAGCCCUGACCUUGCAGCAGAAUCUACAGAAAGUGACACCCAAAAUGGGCAUAACUGUUAGAAAUGCAAAACUGCUUGAAGCAGCUGAUACAGUCCAAUCUUACAUAAGAACCUUAGAAAAACAUGCUUCCCAAAAAACACAGAUGGUCCUUUGCCUGCUGCCCACUGACAACAAGGAAAUUUACAAUGGCAUAAAAAGAUACCUGUGCAUCAAUUACCCAAUUCCAAGCCAGUGCGUGUUGAAACGGACCUUGGACAGACCUAAGACGCCAGUGACCAUCGCUACAAAAAUUGCUCUGCAGAUGAACUGCAAGCUGGGAGGUGCCCUCUGGAAGGUGGACAUAGGAUUGCAGAACGCAAUGUUCAUCGGUAUCGAUUGUUUCCACGAUAUUGAACGUCGACGGAAGUCAGUCGCGGGAUUUGUGGCAAGCAUCGAUCCAGACCUGACACGGUGGUUCUCUCAGUGUAUCAUCCAGCAGUCGGGGCAGGAGCUUGUCAAGGGGCUGACAACCUGCUUGUAUACUGCCCUGAAGCUCUGGUAUGAACAAAAUUCAUCUCUGCCACGUUCUAUCAUUGUGUAUCGAGAUGGAGUGGGAGACGGACAGCUUCAAGCGCUCAUAGAUCAAGAAGUAAAACAGAUGGAGUCCUACUUAGAGAAGGCUUACAGAGGACAAAAGGUCAGACUAACUUUUAUCGUGGUGAAGAAACGAAUAAAUACUAGAUUUUUUAUUGAAAAGGAUGGAGGGAGACUUAACAAUCCAUCUCCAGGAACAGUUAUUGACCUAAAGGUGACUAGGACAGAAUGGUAUGAUUUUUUCAUUGUGAGUCAGUCUGUGCGGGAAGGUACUGGUACUGUCACUCCCACUCAUUAUAACGUCAUCCACGACACGCUUUACUUGAGCCCGGAUGCGGUCCAGGGUCUCACUUACAGACUCUGCCACAUGUACUACAAUUUUUCGGGUAUCAUCCGAGUUCCUGCUCCUUGCCAUUAUGCCCAUAAACUGGCUUACUUGGUGGGCCAGAGUCUUCAUCAACAACCACACGAAUCCCUGUCAAAAUCUCUCUUUUACCUUUAACCUACAGAAGAAAGCACAAUGGGAUGCUGAAAAACAUAAUUUAUACAUUUAUCUUCUCAUUUUGCAUCUGUACAUCUGAAAUAUUUUUUCCAGAUGUAUGAUCAGAAUUUAAAACCAUUCUUGACAU